GCGAGCGAGCUGUGCGGCGCUCGGUUGCUCGGCCUGCGGCGCUCGGUGGUGCGGGGUUUGACUGGGCUCGCUGGUUGAGCAGCGGACGCCGGAAGUGGGCGCGGGGUUCGGGCCCCGGGGCGAUGGUGGCGACCAGCUGAGGAGCGGCCGAGCCAUGGACCUGCUGCCGGCCAAUCCGCACGGCAAUGGCCUGCUGUACGCCGGCUUCAACCAGGACCACGGUUGUUUUGCAUGUGGAAUGGAAAAUGGAUUCCGAGUCUAUAACACUGAUCCAUUAAAGGAGAAGGAAAAACAAGGUGAGGCGUAUCACUCGUCAGAAUUUAUGGAAGGAGGAGUUGGUCAUGUCGAAAUGCUUUUUCGGUGUAAUUAUUUAGCUUUGGUUGGAGGUGGUAAGAAGCCCAAGUAUCCUCCUAAUAAAGUGAUGAUAUGGGAUGAUUUGAAGAAGAAAACUGUUAUUGAAAUUGAAUUUUCUACAGAGGUCAAAGCUGUUAAACUACGGAGAGACAGGAUUGUAGUAGUUCUGGAUUCCAUGAUCAAAGUCUUCACAUUCACUCACAAUCCUCAUCAACUACAUGUCUUUGAAACUUGCUACAACCCAAAAGGGUUAUGUGUCCUUUGUCCAAAUAGCAACAAUUCUCUUCUAGCAUUUCCAGGAACCCAUACUGGGCACGUGCAAAUUGUGGACUUAGCCAGUACUGAAAAGCCUCCAGUUGAUAUACCUGCACAUGAAGGAGCUUUGAGCUGCAUUGCUUUAAACCUUCAGGGAACACGCAUUGCCACUGCUUCAGAAAAGGGAACCUUGGUCCGAGUUUUUGACACUACUACAGGACAACUCAUCCAAGAGUUGAGAAGGGGAUCACAAGCAGCAAACAUUUACUGCAUUAAUUUUAAUCAAGAUGCUUCUUUAAUCUGUGUAUCAAGUGAUCAUGGAACUGUUCAUAUCUUUGCUGCUGAGGAUCCCAAAAGGAACAAACAGUCUAGUUUGGCAUCUGCAAGCUUCCUUCCAAAAUACUUCAGUUCUAAGUGGAGCUUUUCCAAGUUUCAGGUUCCUUCUGGGUCACCUUGUAUCUGUGCCUUCGGUGCUGAAACAAAUGCUGUUGUUGCAAUUUGUGCUGAUGGCAGCUAUUACAAAUUUUUAUUCAACACCAAAGGUGAAUGCACCCGUGAUGUGUAUGCACAGUUCCUGGAAAUGACUGACGAUAGGAUAUGAAUGCAAAGAAUACGAUUACAAAUAAUCUUCAAACAAACGAGUGUUGCUGUGUUGUAGCCUGCCUCCUAAAAGGACAGUGUUGAGUGACUAAACAUCAGUUAAACUGAGGAAUAUAAUUAACCUCUGGGUGGACCACUGGAAGAACAGCGUACUGAUGCUUCCAUAUUAUUUCUGCCAUUUUCCUGUUCUGUUUUAUAAUGUUACUGGGUUGAGAGAGAAUCCUCUAAAGUCAAUAGAAAUACAAACUUAGUGAGCACAGGAAGUUAUCAGUUCUUCAGACUUUUAUAUUAAAACACCAGAACUAAUUGUGCCUGCUUAAGCCCUUUGUUAUCUGGAUGUUUACAGUCUGAAGUUUGAAAGCAGCAGGUUCAGCAAUGUAUGCUAUACCUGCUGACAGAUUUUUGUCUGAUGCGAGUUUGUGUUCUUGAUGAGUAAUUUCCUAAAGGAUGGUUCAGGUCUCAUCUUUUUCAUUCUAAAUAAUGUGGUCAGUGAGAGCAAAAGGGUUAAAUGGAAAGUGCACAACAUUUAACAGCUGAACUGUUAACUUGAUCAGCUACUGGAAUAGAUUGGUACCUUUAUUCCAUUUUGCAGUCCAAGCAUAAAGUUAAACUGCUGUUUGUUUUGAACAGGAUGCCCAAUUUGUUAUGUCAUUCUUGUUAUGUGAAUACAGUACAAAACAUUGAGUUGUAAAACCUCAAUGCAAACUCCACACAAAUCCAACUUGUAUAUUGCUGAUCAAUUUUGGAAGUUUUAAUGGAAAUGACUUUUGUCUGGAUGUAAUGGGGAUUUAAAUAUGUUUCACUGGUACAUUUGUCUAACGAUCUGGCAUCUAGGUUGAAAGCAUUUUGUAAACUGAAAACAAACAAUCAUUGUAGAUUUUGCAGAAUAAACCAUUACAAACAGCUACAUUAAAGGUGGUUCAUAUUGGUCAUGUUAAAUUUUUUUUUCAGAAGACUCAAGUCAUCCCUCAUUUUUCAAAAAAUUUAACAGCUUUCAUUUGUGAUUGCUCCAUUUAUACACAUGAUUCACUAGUUCUAGCACAAUCUUAUUAGUGAUGUAAUUUUAAAUACAUCUGGUAAUUCUAAUUUAAAAAUGAGCCAGUUAGGUUAAAUUUUGUGCAAAUUUUCUUGCUUAACCAGAAAAGAUUUUUGAAUUAAGUUGGCUCUUUGAAGGAAAGAAUCCGGAAUGAGUUCUCCAAGUAAGUUUUCCAUGGAAAAUGUCAGAACAGACUUGAAUGAAACUCUUUCAAAUGUCCUAUUUAAGCAGACUGAUAUAGAUGUGAUGUACUGUACAGUGAUGUGGUUUAUAUUUGGAAAUCAGUAAUGAGUUUAUGGACAGAAGACAAUUAUAACUGACAUACUGUUACAUAACAAUGUUACACUACUGCUUAUUUUAAAAUCGGACAGGCAGCACUAUACCUCACUUUGAAAUUGCAAUAGGACAACUGCAUGUGGACAUUUUGAAGAAUUCAGCUUGAGCUUUUAAGAAAAUGCUUCCAGUAAACAAGGAAGAUUAAUUUGAAAUUCUAUUGAGUUAGUAAGCUGUCACAUAUGGUUAACAACUUUCACUAUAGCUUUUAUAAGGCCACUUUUUUCCUUCUGUAAUUGUACAGCUAUUGAAUGGGACUCUCAUAAUGGGUUCUUAAGAGGAUGACUUUAAUAAUGCACAUAACUUUAAUACUAACCAGUGUUUAUAUGCACCUUUGAAUUCUGGAAUUAUAAAUUAAAAUCAAAUAAAAUGUAUAUAGGUUUGUCUGCAUGUAAAAUUCUGUUAAUGAAAGCUCAGUUACAUCCACUUUUUACUAAAAAUGUUUAUUAAAUUUUUCAUGUAUUAAUGUUGAAUCAUUUGUGUAUAAUUUGCUAUUUCACUGCCUUAAUAAAAGGUAAUUGUAGCCUUCAAUAGUUGUUACUAAUUAUAUUUAUGCUAUUACAGCAAAAUGCAUUUUAAUUUGAA